AGCGCCCGCUCCGAGGAUGGGGACCCCGAGGGCCACAGGGACAGCGAGGAGGAGGAGGAGGACAUGGGGGACUCGGACUACCAGCACGACAUCGAGGAGGACAUGGAGGAAGAGGAGGAGGAGGAGGAGGAUGGCAGUUACUGCACCGACAGCAGCUUCAGGAGCCACAGCACCUACAGCAGCACCCCCGGAAGGCGAAAACCCAGAAUCCAUCGUCCACGUUCACCGAUAUUUGAAGAGAAAGAUAUCCCUCCUUUGGAAUUACCCAAGUCCUCAGAAGAUCUGUUAUUACCAAAUGAGCACUUGCUGAAUGUCAUAGCCAUCUAUGAGGUGCUGAGGAACUUUGGCACGGUGUUACGACUAUCUCCUUUCCGCUUCGAGGACUUUUGUGCUGCUCUAAUGAGUCAAGAGCAAUGCACACUGAUGGCAGAGACUCACGUGGCACUUCUGAAAGCUGUUUUACGAGAAGAGGACACUUCAAAUACUACCUUUGGACCUGCUGACCUUAAGGAUAGUGUUAAUUCCACUUUAUACUUCAUUGAUGGUAUGACAUGGCCUGAAGUUCUAAGAGUGUAUUGUGAGAGUGACAAGGAAUACCAUAAUGUGCUUCCGUUCCAAGAGGUGGAUGACUACCCGUAUGGACCAAUAGAAAGUAAGGUGCAGGUUCUGCUUUUUUUAGUGGAUCAAUUUCUAACUACAAACAUGGCCCGUGAGGAGUUAAUGUCGGAAGGGGUUAUUCAGUAUGACGACCAUUGCCGUGUUUGUCACAAACUGGGGGAUUUACUGUGCUGUGAGACGUGCUCUGCCGUUUACCACUUAGAGUGUGUGAAACCGCCGCUAGAGGAGGUGCCAGAGGACGAAUGGCAGUGUGAGGUCUGCGUGGCCCACAAAGUGCCAGGCGUAAAUGACUGUGUUGCUGAAAUCCAAAAAAAUAAACCUUACAUCAGGCACGAGCCCAUUGGCUACGACAGACACAGGAGGAAGUACUGGUUUCUGAACAGGCGAAUUAUUGUAGAGGAGGAUUUAGAGACGACCAAGAGAAUCUGGUACUAUAGCUCCAAACUUCAGCUUGCCGAGUUAGUGGAGUGCCUUGACACGGAUUACUGGGAAUCUGACCUCUGCAAGACCCUGGAGGAAAUGCAAGAGGAAAUACACAAACAUAUGGACAUAACGGAAGAUCUAACCAAUAAAGCACGCGGCAACAACAGAUCCUACCUGUCUGUGGUGAAUGAAGAAUUAAUGGAACAUGUGAAGGCCAAACAAGUUGAAACAGAAGAAAACAACCCCUCAGAAGACAAUAGGACUGGUGAAAAAACUGGUGAGACAGACACUGACAAGAGCAAGGAGCAGACACCGGAUGCCAAGCAAGACGCAAGUAAGGAAGAUCCCAAACCAGCAGCGGAACCUGAGAAAACAGACCUGGGGGAGCCAGAUGGUGGUAAGAAAACCUCAGACGAAGCUAUUCCUGCGGAUAGUGGCAGCUUUAAGACCGCUGCUAAAGACGCAGAGCCUCUCACUAAGGUAUCUGCUGGGACUCCAGAAGAUGGAAUCAAAGUGAAUGAGGGUGAGAAUGCACCAGACAGCCUCACACCCACAGCUACCCCAGUUGCUCCAGUCUCCAAUGUGAGUCUUUCUGGUACACAACUGUCCAGCAAUGAAGACAGCAAUACCAUACAGGAACCGCGAGGAUUGCUACAAGAGUCCAACAAACCGGUAGACAGUGCAGAGAGUCUAACAAAAACAUCCCAACCAUCUCCUUCCAAGCAGGAAGACUUGGUUUCAGGGGAUGUGAAAUCAGAGAAGAGCAGUGGAGAUUUAAUGGAGCCCUCAAUCGCAGGGAAAGGCACCCCCGGAUCCUCAAGAAUGGUGACCAGAUUACGCAACCCGGACAGCAAGUUAAGUCUGUUGAAGAUCCAACAGGUCUCAGCUGCUGUCCAUGAAGCAAAUAAGAUUUAUAAGGAAGGCAGAGAGGUUUUAGUGGUUAAUUCUCAAGGGGAAAUCUCCCGGCUGAGCACAAGGAAAGAGGUGGUUAUGAAAGGCACCACAAGCAAUUACUUUAAACUGGGACAGGAGGGGAAAUAUCGGGUGUACCACAACCAGUACUCCACAAACUCGUUUGCACUGAAUAAGCACCAGCAUAGAGAGGACCAUGACAAGAGGAGACACCUGUCCCAUAAGUUCUGCAUUUCCCCCAUGGGCGAGUUCAAAUGGAAUGGAUCUGUGCAUGGGUCAAAGGUGCUGACCAUAUCCACAUUAAGGCUGACAAUCAUUCAGCUGGAAAGCAAUAUCCCUGCGCCGUUCCUGCAUCCUAACUGGGCAUCACACAGGUCAAAUUGGAUAAAGGCUGUUCAAAUGUGUAGCAAACCGCGAGAGUUUGCACUUGCUCUCGCUAUAUUGGAGUGCGCAAUUAAACCUGUUGUUAUGCUGCCAAUUUGGAAAGACUGCUUGGGUCACACACGGUUACGUAGAAUGACCUCUAUAGAGAGAGAGGAGAAAGACAAAGUGAAAAAAAAGGAGAGAAAGCAAGAGGAGGAAGAAAGCAUGCAACAGGCCACGUGGGUGAAGUAUACGUUUCCUGUAAAACAUCAGGUUUGGAAACAGAAAGGUGAAGAGUACAGAGUCACAGGCUAUGGUGGCUGGAGCUGGAUCAGUAAAACGCACGUUUACCGUUUUUUCCCUCGCUUUCCGGGAAAUACCAAUGUUUCUUACAGAAAAGCCCUGGUAAAAUGUAGCAAUGAUGUUGAAAACCAUACAGCAAUCAAAUCCGAGACCAAUGCAAAGGAUGAAGAGACAAAGCCCGUGACGACUUCUCCAUCAGAAAGCAAAGAAGCAGAUCCGGAGGAACAGAGGGACCAAAUUAAAGAGGAGAAAACGUCAGAGGAGAAAGAGGGUGAAAUGGACAUUGAUGUAAAGCCAGCAGAUAUGGAUAAGAUGUCAAGUAAAGAUGAAAAAGAAUUGCACUGUGAAAACGAUAAGCUUGUCAAGGGAGAACCGAUGGAGGUGGAUGAAAUUAAAUCGGAACCGGGCCUAAAAAGGGAGGAAACCUUUCCCGAUGUUGAUCUAAUUAACAUUAGUGAGGGGUUUCAAGCAAGGACUUGGUAUAAAAAGAAAGUAAAAACCUCACGAUUAGAUGGGCUUUUGGAAAGGAGAGUCAAACAGUUUACACUUGAAGAAAAACAACGCAUAGAAAAACUAAAACUUAGCUGUGCUGCCAAACCAGGUUCUGACCCCCCAAAAAGAGAGUCAGAGAGCCCUCAUUGUGAUUCAUCUUUGCAUACAGAGGGUAUUGCAAGCAGGCAGCUUUUAAAGGAAUUCAAUCACAAGGACACACUCUCUGGCACCGCCGUGGAAGAUAAAACUUUCACAGAAGCAAGUGUGGCAGCAGACAGGCAGGAGAUAACAAAAGUUUCUUCCAGCAAAACACUUCCUGUAGCAAGCCACCAUGAGAACAGCAAGCCUUUCACAGAUGGGCCUCCAGUGACAAACAGCCAGACAAUGCACAAACCUUCCAGUCCCAGCAAUAUAGAUAAUCUUACUGAUAACAGAGCAGGUGUGUCACCCAACACAGAGAACACGCAAAAGGAAAAUCCAUCAGAAACUAGGGGAACCAUGCAAAGUGGAGAUUUAAAUGUAACUGAAUGUCACAAUGGGAAACAAAAUGCAGACAUUCUACCAGGUGGCACCGUUAAUAAGGUCUCUUCCCAGAUCUGCAGCUUUCCAGCUGGCAAGAUGUUACAAAGUGAAACAAAAAGUCAGGAUAAUUCAGAAAAGCUGCCUUUGGAAAACUGUUCCAAUGUCAGCACAGAGAGAGCUUCACCUAUUCCACAAAGAAGCCAACCCAAAGAGCAAUGCUGCUCUGAAAAUGUUUCAUCUGGAGAGGGAAAUGAGGAGUCUUCGAAAAAAAACCUUACACCAUGUCAGGAAGUUAUGGAGCCCAGCUUAAAAGGAUGUCGUCUUGAGGGGACUGGAGAGCACUGCACGGAAAAUUCGAACAGCAGGAAUGAACCUUCUACAACAAAAGAUUACUUAAAGGAUGAACCGGGAUCAGAAAACACUCAUGGCUCCAAACCACUGCCCUCUCCUUGCAAAUAUACAUCUAAUGGUGACCCUCUAAAGGAAGGUGGAAAGCUGUUUGGGGGUCUUAUUUAUAAAUAUGAUAAGAAAGGCAUCAAAAAAUAUAAGUCUGAUAAGCUAGAAAUCGCUGCUCAGAUCAAUGGGAAAGAUGCGAAUUGUAAGAAAGACUGUUUAACAAAUGACCUGAGUGAAAGCAAGAUUGAAUCAAAGGUAAAUAACAUCUCAAAAACGGUUCCUGACCUUGAGGUUAAAUCAUCAAAGCCCCUUAUGAAUGGGGACAUAAGCAUGGAAAGUACUGACACACCGUUACGUGCCAGUCCAUCAGCAAACCCUGAGAUGGCUUCUGAAAAAGAUUCCACGGUAGAACAUUCCCAGAAAUCUUCCAGUGAACGGAUUGCUGCAAAGGAAAGUCAUUUUGCUGAUAGCUUGUGUAAGACAGAUAAUCCAACAACUCAAAUAAAUGAUAAAGUUGAAGAAAUGGAAACUGAAGGAAUUCAGAAGGCUACCCCAUCACUGGUGACAUCCGGGGAAGAAUCAAGUUUAAGCAGUGACUUCAAUGAACAGAACGGCUUGACGCCAGAGAGCGUAAAUGGGGUUAAUAGAGUCAAAACUGUUACUGAAGUUAUUACUACAACGGCAACCAUCUCUACCUCCAGGACAGUCGUCCAGGUGUCCAGUGGAUUGGUAUCUGAGGUUGAAAAAACUGUUGUGUCCUCCACAGAAAACACUGCUGUUUCCAGCGUAACUAAGAUCACUACUGUGACAGAGAUGAGUUCCCCCAGUGCUGAUAUCGAGCUGGACGUGUCGGUUAAAGAGCAGCGUAAGACUGUCGUUACGUCGGUGACCGACUCAACAACUGCCAGCAAUGUUUUAUGUUCCAUGACACUCAGUAAGGAGUAUUCCACCAAGGAUAGGGUGAGGCUAAUCAAGUUCACAAGAGCGAAAAAGACCAGGUCGGGAACGGCGCUUCCAUCUUACAGAAAGUUUGUCACCAAGAGCAGCAAAAAGAGUAUUUUCGUUUUGCCAAAUGAUGACCUGAAAAAAUUGUCAAGAAGGGGUGGCAUUAGAGAGGUUACUGGAUUUAAUUACAAUGCUAAACCUGUACAAGAUAUCUGGCCUUACCCGUCCCCACGGCCAACGUUCGGGAUAACAUGGAGGUACCGACUCCAGACUGUGAAAUCUUUGGCUGGUGUGAGUCUCAUGCUUCGUUUACUCUGGGCCAGUUUACGAUGGGAUGAUAUGGCAGCGAAGCCGCCUCCUGGUGGAGGAAUAACCCGAACAGAAACGUCUGAAACGGAGAUUACAACUACCGAGAUAAUAAAGAGGAGAGAUGUUGCUCCAUAUGCAAUUCGCUCAGAAUAUUGUGUACGAAAAAUUAUUUGCCCCAUUGGCGUUCCUGAAGCACCAAAAGAAACACCAACACCACAAAGAAAAGGGCUUCGUUCCAGCGCCCUUCGUCCAAAAAGGCCAGAAACCCCCAAACAAACCGGUCCCAUUAUCCUGGAAACAUGGAUCGCAGAGGAAGAGCUUGAUUUAUGGGAGAUCAAAUGUUUUUCAGAAAGGGUGGAGAAAGAGAAGGCUCAGGCUGUGGAGCAACAGGUUAAGGUUAGUGAUCAGAAGAAAGCGGAGGAAAUGAAGCUCCAGGUGGAGGCUCAGCUAAAGCAACAACGCCUGACUGCACAGCAGAAACGACUAGAGCAACAGAAACAACUGAACUCUGCUGUCAGCACGGUGAACCCCACCACAACCAGCACCACCAUGUCACCGCUUUCAACACCACACAAGGUUAUGGUUGGUCCCUUAUCCAGUCCUGGAACCAAAGUGGUUCUUGCUACAAAGGUUGGUUCCCCGGCCACCGUAACAUUCCAGCAAAACAAAAACUUCCACCAGACGUUUGCUACCUGGGUUAAACAAGGCCAGACCACUACAGCCUCAAGUACUGCUGUCACAUCUGGCUCUACCAUUGUUACUGCUGGCCAGACCUUCCAAUUCACGGGAAGUCCUGUUACCAUGGCUGGGAAAGUCCUUACUAAACUGCCUCUUUCAGCCAACAGCAAACUUGUGGCUGUGAACGUGCCAACAACUCAAGGAGGUGUAAUGCAGGUUCAGCAGAAAGUAUUGGGGAUUAUUCCAUCCAAUGCAGGAGGUCAACAAACCUACAGCACGUUCCAGCCUCGAACAGCGACUGUUUCCAUCCGACCCAACAGUAAUAAUCCUGGGGUUACCACUGGAACCAAUCAACAGGUAAUAACCGCUGGUGCGCAGAUGAGACCAGGAAUGACUGUUAUCCGAUCACCGCUGCAGCAGUCUUCAAUAGGAAAGACAAUUAUUCGGACACCGCUGGUCGUUCAACAAGGAAUCCUUCCUUCUGGCCAACCACAGCAGGUUGUAACUCAGAUCAUUAGGGGCCAGGCUGUUUCUACCACAAUGCCGGCUGGAACCCCUUUGUCAGCUGGCGGGCAGAAGAUGAGCACAGCGGUGCAGCAAGCACAGCCACAAGCAACUGGUUCUCAGACUCCCCGACCUCAGCAGGGCCAGGUGAAACUGACAAUGGCUCAGCUCACUCAGUUAACACAAGGCCAGGGUGGAAACCAAAGCCUAACUGUGGUGGUGCAAGGUCAAGGACAGACUACAGGUCAAUUACAACUAAUUCCCCAGGGCAUGACGGUUAUCCCAACUCCAGGACAGCAGUUAAUGCAGGCUGCAAUGCCAAAUGGUACCAUCCAGCGUUUUCUGUUUACCCCAUUGCCGCCGUCAUCGUGUUCUGCCAGCACAACCAUGACCUCAACACACACUAGCACCACUCCAACUUCCAUGUCUUCUGAGCAGAAACCAGCAUCACAAAGCCAGCUGCAGAGUAAUCCAGUACCUCCACUGGGCCCAUUACAGGCUCCAUCCCGGUCUGAGAGUGCAGACCAAUCACAAUACCAAGCGCCGGCUCCCAUGCAACCCCAGGUCCCUGCUCAGCCCCAGUCUCUUUCUCAUGUCCAGCCACAGCUGCCCACAACAUCUCAUCCACAGGCAGAUGCAAGUCCCGGUGUAGAGCAGCCACAUCCACUUCCUGGCAGUCACCAAUUGGUUCCAGAGACUCAGCAGAGCAGAGAAGUUCAGCCUGCAACAUCUGUUGGCACCCAACCUUCUUCAGACGUCAAAAGCUCUGUCACUCAAGUGUCCAUUCCGCAGGCUGCCACUCAGGUCUCUCUGCAAAACCAGCCUCAGCUUGUUAACCGACAACAGCCUCCAACCCUGUCGCAGACAGCAAGCCACAAACAUUCUGUGCAGAUGGCAGUGCCAGCUUCCUUCCAGAUUCAAGCACCAGUACAGACUUCGCAGCUCCCAGCUUCAACUCUUCCUCAAUCUCAGGCCCAAAUCCAGACGUGUCAGACAGCAACCCAAGUCACUGUCCAAUCUCCUUCUCGAGCUCAGCUUCAUAUCCAGCCGUCCCAGGCCCAAGUCAUUACUGUACCACAGUUGCAGCAGCAGGUCCAGGUUGUCUCUCAUUUACCACCACAUGUGGUGGCUCAGCUGCAAGCCCAACAAGGUGGUAUCCCUCAGCACAUCAAGUUUCAAAUCCCCUUCCAGAUUCAGCAAGCUGGCUCCAUGCAGACUCACCAAAUCCAGAAUGUGGUGACUGUGCAAGGGGCUAGCGUUCAGGAGCAGCUGCAAAGGAUUCACCAACUCCAGGAGCAGCAGCAGCAGCAGAAGAAGAAUAAUCAGGAGGUGAAGCGAGAGCAAACCCUUCAGGGGUCCAGCCAGAGUGAAAUCAUCCAGAAACAGGUCGUCAUGAAGCAGAAUGCUGUUAUAGAGCACCUGAAGCAGAAAAAGACUAUGACCCCUGUGGAGAGAGAAGAGAACCAACGAAUGAUCGUUUGCAAUCAGGUGAUGAAGUAUAUUUUGGACAAAAUUGAUAAGGAGGAAAAACAGGCUGCGAAAAAGCGGAAGCGAGAGGAGAGUGUAGAGCAGAAAAAGAGUAAGCAGAAUGCCAGCAAGCUUUCCGCCCUGCUCUUCAAACACAAAGAGGCCCUGAAAGCCGAAAUCCUAAAGAAAAGGGCCCUUCUAGACAAAGAGCUUCAAAUAGAGGUGCAGGAAGAACUUAAGAAAGAUCUGACCAAGAUUAAAAAGGAAAAGGAGAAGGCACAGGCCGCAGCUGCGGCUGCGGCUGCUGCUGCGCCUGCUCCUCCCCCUGUGCCGCCACCUCCACCUCCUCCCCCACCACCGCAGAACGUGACAACCCCCACUUCUCCAACAGCUGGCUCGGCAGCUUCACAAAAGAGGAGGAGAGAGGAGGAGAAAGAGCCGGCACCUUCCAAAUCCAAGAAAAAGAAAAUGAUUUCCACUACCUCAAAGGAGAAUAAAAAGGACACAAAGAUUUACUGCAUCUGCAAGACGCCGUACGAUGAAUCUAAGUUCUAUAUUGGCUGUGAGCUUUGUGCCAACUGGUUUCAUGGAGAAUGUGUUGGCAUCACAGAGAAGGAAGCAAAGAAAGUGGAUGUGUACAUCUGUAAUGAUUGUAAACGGUCACAAGAGGGCAGCAGUGAGGAGUUGUAUUGUAUCUGCAGAACGCCUUAUGAUGAUUCGCAAUUUUACAUCGGAUGCGAUCGCUGCCAGAACUGGUAUCAUGGUCGAUGCGUUGGCAUUUUGCAAAGUGAGGCCGAGUACAUUGACGAAUAUGUCUGCCCAGAAUGCCAGUCAACAGAAGAUGCCAUGACUGUCCUCACCCCUCUAACAGACAAGGAUUACGAGGGGUUAAAACGAGUCCUGCGUUCUUUACAGGCUCAUAAAAUGGCAUGGCCAUUCUUAGAGGCAGUGGAUCCUGAAGAUGCCCCAGAUUAUUACAGAGUGAUUAAGGAACCAAUGGAUCUGUCUACGAUAGAAGAAAGGACACGAAGCCGUUCCUACAAGAAGCUAACGGAGUUUGUCGCUGACAUGACCAAAAUAUUCGAUAACUGUCGUUACUACAACCCCCGAGACUCCACUUUCUGUCAAAGUGCAGAGGUUUUGGAAUCGUUUUUUGUACAGAAACUGAAAGCUUUCAAGGCGAGCAGAUUGUGAUAAUUUUAAUCUGGCCCUUUUAACUGGACUUGCAGCUGGAUGUGGGAUGUUCUCUCCAUUGUUUUUUUUGUUUUUCCUUUACCUUUUGGCUUUUAUUUUAUUUUUCUUGGCAUUGUUGGAAACGCCACUCCACCCCCACUCCCUUCACUCACCAUUUCUCCAGCCAUUACAUGCUCCACACAUUGUCCUGAUUGGCCAGAUACUGGCGCCAAUGCUAUAGUUCGAGCUUGCGUUACUGUACUAAGGACCUUGGGUUAAGUGCCUGAAUUUGUAUUUUAAUGUAUAGACCACGUGUAGUUUCUCCAAAAAAAGAAAAACUGGCUUGGUGACCUAGACCUGACUGCAAAUGUACAUGAUCACUGUAAAAUUAUAUAUUUUUGUAUAUAUAUAUUGUAUAAUUUGCUUGAAACAUUAAUCAUUGUGAAUGUCUCACGAUCUCCAUGAAAUAGUAAAAGAAAGUUCUACUUUAAAAAUGUUGAUGUAUUACUAUUUUUUUUCUUUUUUUCUAAUUUUAUUUAUAUAUGUAAAUUCCUCACCAAAGGUGUAAAUUGCAAAACAAAAUUGGUAGACUGAGUGCAUUUAUAUGUCCCAUUGUCGCUAAUUGAUGUCUCUAAUGUUCAAAAUGUUGCUUAAAUGAAAGUACCACGUCCCAUGAUCAUUCUAUGCUCAUGCCACUGUAUCAAUUCUUUUACAGGCUUGCUUUCUCACUUAGUACAGCGCAGGUCUCACAGCAUCCCUGUUUUAUGCUUGUGUUGGCGUGUUUCUUAAAGGACCUUUUUAAUUGCCUUUUUGUUUAUUGUAUACAGGUCACAUAACAACAAGCUACAGUCUGCAUCUUAAAAACACAGCGUGCAAAGGUAACGCACAGACAGCACGAUCUGGUUAUCAAAAUGUUUCAUUGGGGGAACCAGAUUUUUGUUUGGUUAAUCUGACAAACCAUGGAACAAUAUUCGGUUGUCCAUCUUGUUCAACUAGAAGUUCUGGCCUUUUUUUUGUCCAAAGGACAAAUGAGAGAAAUAACAGAUCGGAAAACAUGGGGUCAGAGGGACUAUAAUAAAAAUUUUAAAAAAUGUUAAUUAAAAAAAAAAAUUAUCCUUUGGGCGAAAGCAGGAAAAUCCCAUGGGAUAAAGAGGACAAUGAGAUGGAGUAGAAGUCACUCCAUGAAAAAAUUGCCACGUCUGUUCUUCAGUGAAGAAGCUGGUUUAAAGUCCACACAAAUUACUUUGACUGUAUUUAUUUAUUUGUUGGAAAAGACAUUUUUUUUAUCUCUACCCUCAUUCGUCGACUAAUUAUUUUUUCUUAUUAAAAAAAAAUUAUAAAAAAAUAAAUCAAAGGACAAAAAAAAUGUAAAAAAAAAAAAGUCGGCUAUUACCCAACAUUCGUCCUGUCUUUUAACAUAAUUCCUGUAAGUCAAUGUACAAGGCCUGUCUUUUCUUUCUAUGAAAGGAACUGAUAUCUGUACACAUGCGCACACUCAAAAACAGGCGAGUCAGCUGAGUUUGUUAGUGAUGGAAACAAAUAAAUGAAUCUUGCAUUUAAAAAACAAAAAAAAUGUAAACUGCCACACUGAGGACUACAGACUGUUGGCUUAAAGUGAAACUCUGCUGUGCUCCUGGUCGAUGAGUGAACCCCGAUUUGAAGGUAUCUUGUUUGUAAAACAUUUGUCAAAUUUAAUUUUUUUUUUCCUUUUUGUAUUAAACUGCGAAAUAUGGAUGUUAUAUGAAACAAAUAAAUGGAGAUGAAUUAUU